GCUCGGCUCGGGGCGGCCCCACGCGGGACGAGGGCCCCACAAUGAGUGGGAGGCUCUUACUCCUCUCCCUGCUCCUGGCCCCCCAGGCUGCUGCCGCACAGAAGAGGAGCCAAGCGGUGUGCGAGAACGUGCUGGAGGCUGACAUCGUCUUCCUGGUGGACGGCUCAUCCAGCAUUGGCCGGAACAACUUCCGUGCCAUCCGCACCUUCGUGGAGGACCUGGUGUCACCCUUUGUGCAUGUGGUGGGCCAGAAGGCGGUGCGCUUCGCCGUGGUGCAGUACAGCGACGAUCCACGGGUGGAGUUUGGCUUCUCCCAGCACACCAAUGGCACAGGCAUCCAGAGGGCCAUCCAGCAGCUGAGCUACAAGGGCGGCAACACACGGACCGGCGCUGGGCUGCGCUACGUCUCUGACAACUUCUUUGGUCCCACACAGCUCCGGCCUGGAGUCCCAAAGAUCUGCAUCCUCAUCACGGAUGGCAAGUCCCAGGAUGAUGCUGAGCAGCCGGCGCUGAGGCUGAAGAGCCUGGGCAUCAAGGUCUUUGCUGUUGGGAUCAAGAAUGCCGACCGCCAGGAGCUGAUCCGCGUGGCCUCACUGCCUACUGACUCCUUCUUCUUCUAUGUGGGUGACUUCAAGCUGCUGGGGACACUGGUGCCACUGAUGACACGCAGGGUGUGCACAAGCUCAGGGGGCACGCUACGCACCCCUGAUGGAUCAGGCCACGCUGGUCCCUCCAACCUGGAGGUCCUGGAGCAUGGCUCCGAUGUGCUGCGCAUCCGCUGGAGCCCGGCCAGCGGCCCCGUCACCGGCUAUAGGGUGCAGCGUGUCCCACUGACGGGGCUGGGGCAGCCGCUGGCAGCUGAGCGGCAGGAGGUGAGCGUGGGUCCGCGGGAGACAAGCACCGUGCUGCGGGGGCUGCGCGCAGGGACGGAGUACCUGGUGACUGUCAUCGCUCAGUAUGCCAACAGCGUCAGCGAGUCGGUGUCUGUGCGGGCGCGCACCCAGAGCCGUGGCGGCGUGCAGCAUUUCCACGUGGCUGAGGCUGGGCCGACCUUCCUGAGGCUGUCCUGGCAGCCCGGCCCCGAGCCGCCCCAGGGCUACAUCCUCAGCUACGCCGUGCCAGGAAUGCCCCAGAGUGAAGAGAGGAGCCUGGGGGCUGGCGCGCUGUCGGCCACGCUCAGCAACCUGCGUCCCAACACCGAGUACGUGGUGACGCUGCGGGCACGCUAUGCACAGCAGCCUGCAGCCACCGCCAGUCUCACCGCGCGGACACAGGCAGGCACAGAGCAGACGCUGCGGACCAACAUCCUGAGCCCCACGUCCAUUCAGGUGCUCUGGACUGCCAUCCGUGAGGCCCGUGGCUACCGCCUGGAGUGGAAAAGAGCCACAGGGCUGGAGACCCCCAGGACAGUGUCGCUGCCCAGCAGUGCCAGCACCUACCAGCUGACAGGGCUGCAGCCAGGCACUGAGUACCGCAUCACUCUGUACACGCUGUAUGAAGGUGGGGAGGUGGCCACCCCCGUCACCACCUUCCAGACAGGUGUGGAGGUACCAGUGGGCGCGGUGUCAGAUCUCCGUCUCAUCGAGGAUUUGGGCAGGAGGGUGCGGCUGGGCUGGACUGGCAUCCCCGGUGCCACCGAGUACAAAGUGACAGUGCGCAACACCCAGGACGGCACCGAGAGGACGAGGCGCAUCCCAGGCACGCAGACAGUGCUGGAGCUGGGUGACCUGCGGGAAGGCGUCACCUACCUGGUGCGCGUCUCAGCCCUCGUGGGCAGCCGGGAGGGCAGUGCUGCUGCACUCAGCAUCCACGUCAAGUUCCCAGCUGUGGGCAGUGUCUCGGAGCUGCGGGUGACGGAGGCCGGCCCCAACCAGCUGCGGGUCACGUGGAGGGGGCUGUCGGGCGCCGGGGGGUACCGGCUGACGUGGAGGGCCGGCGAUGGUCAGGAGCAGUCCCGCUUCCUCCCUGCCAACCCCACUGUCUACACCAUUGAGGGGCUGCGAGCUGGCACCGUUUAUGCCAUCGGUGUCACAGCCAUCAUUGAUGGCCGCGAGGGUCCCCCUGUCACCACCAUGGGGAGGACAGCAGCUGAGCAGGUGGGGACAGUAUCCCGGCUGGAGGUGCAGUCAUCCAGGAGCAAUGUUGCCCGUGUCACAUGGGUCGGUGUGCCAGGAGCCACAGCGUACCGUGUGGUGUGGAGCCGUCGGGACGGGGGCUCGGAGAAGAGCCAGCAUGUUCCCGGCCACAUCAGCUCCUUUGACAUCCCCGACCUGGAGGGAGGUGUCUCCUACACUGUGAAGGUCACAGCGCUCAUAGGCAACCAUGAGGGCAACCCUGUGUCCAUCAUCGUUACCACCCCGGAGGCGGCCCCCGUGCCCCCUGUUAGCAACUUGCAGGUGAUGGAGGCCUCGGAGAAUCGCCUGCGCCUCUCAUGGGUGCCGGUGUCUGGCAGCAGCGGGUACCGCCUGGUCUGGCGCCCAGCUGAGGGUGGUCCCCAGCGCAGCCAGCAGCUUCCAGCCACCGCCAGCUCCUAUGAUCUGGGAGGGCUGGAACCGGGCCGGCGCUACCACAUCAGCAUCACCAGCAUGGUAGGCAGCCGGGAGAGCGCACCGGUUGCCGUCACCACUGCCACCGCAGCGUCUCCAAGCCAUGCCACCAGCCUGCGAGUGACGGAGGUGCAGAGAGACUCUGUGACGCUCUCCUGGACCCCUGUCCCUGGUGCUUCUGAAUACGUCCUGUCCUGGACCCCCCCUGCAGCGGGCGGCGAGGCACGGCGCGUGGUGCCGGGCACUGCCAGCUCCCUACAGAUCCCUGGGCUGCGCCUGGGCCAGCGCUACACCUUCACCAUCCGCCCGCUUCUGGGGAGCACACCUGGUGCUGAGAGCUCCGUCAGUGAGCGGCCAGUCUGCAGGGACGCCCGAGGGGACAUCGUCUUCCUGGUGCAUGGCACACGUGACAGCUCUUCUGGUGCUGAUGCUGUCCGUACGCUCCUCUCUAACACUGUCACCUCCAUGGGCCGCCUGGGCCCCGAUGGCACCCAGGUGGGUCUGGCCACGUACAGUUACCGCAGCCUGCCCUGGCUGCUCCUCAACCGCUCCAGUGAGCUGCCCGCCGUGCUGGAGCAAAUCCGCACCAUGCGCUACGAGGAGCCCAGCGGCAAUGCCAUUGGGGCAGCCAUCACCUUUGCUAGGACCUAUCUGCUGAGCCCUGGCGCAGGACGGCGGCCCAGUGUGCCAGCGGUGCUGGUGGUGCUGGCUGACGGCCCCUCUGGGGACGAUGCCAUCACUGCUGCCAGGGAUGCCAAGGCAGCGGGGGUCCGAGUGCUGGCUGUGGGCUUGGAGGGGGCAGACCAGGAGCAGCUCCGGCGCAUGGUCAGUGGUGAGGAUCCACGCUUCGUCUUCCGCAACCGUGGUGCCCUGUCAGAGCUGGAGGGAGAGCUCACCGAUGACCUCUGUACCAUCAUCUCCACCAGGCCAGAGCCAGAGCCAAAGCCCUGCACUGUGCAGUGCCCCAGGGGAGAGAAGGGAGACCCUGGCGUGGCAGGGCCACAGGGGCGUGUGGGGCAGCCGGGCCCCCCUGGAGAACCGGGCCGCCAUGGACUGCCUGGCCCUCCAGGACCUGUGGGACCACGAGGGCCACCAGGAGAGAGCGUUGAGCAGCUGGGCAAGAAGGGGGAUAGGGGCUUCCCUGGAGCUGAUGGGCGGCCAGGGCUUCCUGGCCCCCCCGGGAACCCUGGGACCCCUGGCCAGCCGGGCAACCAGGGCAUUCCUGGCCCCCGAGGGGACCCUGGGCCACGAGGAACAGCGGGGCAUCCUGGCCCGAAGGGGGAAAAAGGCGAGCCGGGAGAGCCCAGAGUGAUCGUGGAUGGAGGACAGGGGUUGCCAGGACGGAAAGGGGAGCCAGGCACACCGGGUAGCACUGGCCCCCCUGGCAACCCUGGCCCACGAGGUCCCUUUGGUGACCCAGGUCCUCCGGGUCCCCUUGGGCCAAUGGGGCUACCAGGACCUCCAGGAGACUCUGUGAAGGGGGAGAAGGGUGAUCGAGGGGAGAGGGGUCCCCCUGGACUGGUCGAUGGGGCAGUGCCUCGAGGGGAGCCGGGCCCCCCGGGUCCACCCGGGGAGCCCGGCCCACGGGGACUUGCUGGUACUCCCGGCCCCAAGGGUGAGAAGGGUGACGGUGAGGAGGGAUUCCCAGGGCCACCUGGACGUCCAGGGGACCCUGGAGACCGGGGUCCACGGGGACCUCCAGGAGAACAAGGCAGGAAGGGAGAGCGUGGGGCACCAGGCGAGCUGGGGGAGACGGGCCAGAAGGGAGACCGCGGUGCGCCUGGCCCCGAGGGUGAAAAGGGUGAGACAGGAGCUCCAGGACGGCCAGGGCCAUCGGGCAGAGAGGGAGUACCGGGACCAGCUGGGCCACGGGGCGAGAAGGGUGAUGUGGGAGCGCCUGGUGAACCUGGCCAGCCGGCUCCCAGCAUGGCCAGUGUCAGAGGAGAGAAGGGUGACAGAGGAUUUCCAGGACCAGAGGGGCCUCCUGGCCCCAAGGGUGAUGUAGGGGAGAGGGGUGCCCGUGGUGUCCCUGGCCUGAGCAUCCCAGGACCAACUGGCCCCAAAGGCGAGCAGGGCGAGCGGGGCAUCACUGGCCUCACUGGCAGGAGCGGUCCAAAGGGUGACGCAGGGGAGCCAGGCGAGAAGGGUGAGCCAGGCAGAGUGGGUGCACCAGGACAACCAGGGCAGCGUGGCAAGGAGGGUGAGCGUGGAGAGAAGGGUGAUGAAGGCACCCCGGGUGAAGCAGGGGUGCCUGGCAAACCUGGAGACAGGGGUCCACGGGGGCUGCCUGGGUACCGUGGCCCCCCUGGAGAGAAGGGCGACCUCGGAGACCCAGGUCCUGAAGGCAGAAACGGCAUUCCCGGAGCACCUGGCACCAAGGGUGACCGCGGGGAGCCGGGUCCUCCUGGACCCCCAGGACGAGCUGUGGAUGUGGGGCUUGGAGGAGUAGGAGAGAAGGGUGAGAAGGGAGAUGCUGGGGACCCGGGCGAGGAUGGAGCAAAGGGGGCCAAGGGUGAGAGUGGCCCCCCUGGACUGCCGGGGUUGAGUGGCAUUGAAGGCCCCCGCGGCCCCCCCGGCGCACGGGGUGACCCUGGGGACCGAGGCUUGCCUGGAGAGAAGGGGGAGCGCGGCCCACCAGGGCUGGAUGGCCGCAACGGACUGGAGGGGAAACCUGGCCCUCCGGGACCCACCGGGCUGAGGGGGGACCCUGGGAAGCAGGGGGACCCUGGCCGAGAUGGGCUGCCUGGGCUGAGGGGGGAGCAGGGACCGCCUGGCACAAUAGGACCGUUGGGACCACCUGGUAUCCCUGGAAAACCCGGUGACGAUGGCAAACCUGGCCUAAAUGGCAAGAAUGGAGAAGAUGGGACGCCAGGAGAAGAUGGGAGAAAGGGAGACAAAGGUGAUGCCGGAGCCCCUGGCAGAGAUGGCCACAACGGUGCCAAGGGCGAGCAGGGGGACAGAGGCAUGCCUGGCCUCCCUGGCCCCCCUGGUGUCCCUGGUGUCCCAGGGCAGGUUGGCCCCCCAGGCCAGGGCUCACCCGGCCUUCGUGGGAUCACUGGACCAAAGGGGGACCCAGGGGAGCCAGGACCACGAGGGGAGCCAGGGCGGCCUGGUGUCAGCGGAGACCCUGGGACUGCAGUGAAUAUCGAACGUAGUCUGGAAGCCCUCGGCAUCAAGAUCUCAUCUCUGAAGGAGCUGACGGGUGCCUAUGAUGGCAGCUCGGACUCCUUUCUGCCUGUGUCCGAACGGCUACGGGGACAGAAGGGCAGCCGGGGGGAGCCAGGGGAGAGGGGUCCCCCAGGCCGGGAGGGUUCUUUAGGCUUCCCUGGUGAGCGAGGACCCAAAGGUGACAAAGGGGACCAAGGUGCCCCUGGUCCUCAGGGCCCCGCAGGCCGGGCUGUGGGCGAGCGGGGCCCAGAGGGGCCACCGGGGCAGCCAGGGGAGCCAGGCAAGCCGGGCAUCCCAGGGGUGCCAGGCCGGGCUGGCGAGCUGGGGGAGGCCGGGCGACCUGGUGAGAAGGGUGACCGUGGUGAGAAGGGCGACCGGGGUGAGCAGGGCAGAGAUGGCUUGCCAGGCCUCCCAGGGCCCCCAGGGCCCAAGGCAGACGCAAUGGAGGGCAGCCUGAUGGGCUUCCCAGGCGAGCGAGGUCCCCCUGGACUUAAGGGAGUGAAGGGUGAGCCUGGUGCCGAGGGCGAGCGAGGACCCAAAGGAGAUAAGGGUGAAGGUGGAUCACGGGGCGAGCGAGGAGAGCCUGGCGAGAAGGGCAGGGAUGGCUCUCCAGGCCUCCCAGGAGAGAGGGGUCUGGCUGGCCCCGAGGGGAAGCCGGGCUUGCCAGGUUUCCCUGGUGUGCUGGGCCGCCCGGGCAAUCAGGGUGAGCCAGGGCCACCAGGACCUGCGGGUGCUGCUGGCCCACCAGGGAGCCAGGGUCCAUCUGGGAUGAAGGGUGAUCCAGGGGAACCUGGUGCUGGCAUCCGGGGAUUGCCUGGUCCGCAGGGCAGCAUGGGGCUGCCUGGCCCUCCAGGACCACCUGGUCUGGUGGGCCCUCCGGGUGCUCCUGGGCUGCCAGGACAAGUGGGGGAGAGUGGCAAGCCAGGUGUGCCUGGGCGGGAUGGUGUGCCAGGGAAGGACGGUGAACCAGGGAUGCCCGGGAAGUUGGGUGUGCCAGGACCAUCAGGCCCUACUGGCCCCAAAGGGGAGCCAGGGGAUGCGGGAGCACCGGGGCAGGGCAUUGCUGGCCCUCCUGGUGCCAAGGGCGAGAAGGGUGAGCCGGCGCUGCUGGAGGGCGUGCUGCUGGGUGAACCUGGUUCCAAAGGUGCCCGAGGUUUGCCUGGCCCCAAGGGUGAGAAGGGGGAGCCUGGAGGAGCUGGGGAGCCUGGAGACCCCGGCGAAGAUGGAGCCAAGGGAUCACCUGGAGUCAAGGGGGAAAAGGGCACUCCAGGUGUCGGUGUGCGGGGACCACCAGGACAGGAUGGGCCUCCAGGUUUGAAGGGUGACAUCGGUUUGCCAGGACCUCCUGGACCACCGGGAUUAGUGGGCAUCGCUGGGGCACCGGGACAGCCAGGCCUGAGAGGGGACAGCGGGCAGCCUGGCCCACCAGGAGCCCCUGGAGAACGGGGUGCAAUUGGCUUCCCUGGGAGGGAUGGUGCCGCAGGGCCACCUGGACCCCAAGGGCCCCCAGGGCCAGCGGGCAUACAAGGGGCCUCGGGGCUGAAGGGUGACAAGGGUGACCCAGGGGCUGGGCUGCCGGGAGCCAGAGGUGAACGUGGAGACCCAGGACCACGGGGUGAAGAUGGGCGCCCAGGGCUGGCAGGCGACCGUGGGCCAAUGGGCUUGCCUGGGAACCGAGGGGAGCGUGGGGACAAGGUAAGGGACCUCUUUUGGGGCUGGGGAGCCAGAGAAGGGAGCGCUCCCACUCUUGAGACAUCUCACUGUGCCCUCCUUGCAGGGAGACGUCGGGGCCGUGGGGCCCAAAGGAGACAAGGUGAGAUGAGACCCCCAGGGCUGGGGCAGGGGGUGGCAGGCGAUACCAUUGUGGUGGAGGGGCCUGCUGGGGCGAGAGGCAACAAGGGGGAGCCGGGAGGCCGUGGCCUAAAGGGCUCCGAAGGGGACAAAGGGGACAAGGGGGAGCAGGGAAUGCCCGGCGAGAAGGGUGCAAGAGGUGAACCAGGUGAGAAGGGCUCUGCAGGCUUCCCUGGGGCACGCGGCCCUGGCGGGCAGAAGGGAGAAGUUGGCAUGCCAGGGGAGCCUGGUGAGCCGGGCUUGCCUGGUCGGGAUGGCAUUGCUGGAGCACGAGGAGAGAAGGGGGACAUGGGGCCACUGGGCUUGCGUGGCCCCAAGGGUGAGCGGGGCAUGAAAGGCGCCUGUGGCCUCGAUGGGGACAAGGGUGAGAAGGGAGAGCCGGGGCUGCCGGGGCGCUCGGGGCUGCCAGGAAGGAAGGGUGAGCCGGGAGAACUGGGGUUGUCUGGAGCACCCGGCAUCCCUGGGAAGGAGGGGCUCAUGGGACCCAAGGGUGACCGUGGCUUCGAUGGGCAGCAGGGAGCCAAAGGAGACCAGGGGGAGAAAGGAGAUCGGGGUGCACCAGGCAUGAUCGGUACCCCUGGUCCCCGGGGCAGUGAUGGUGCUCCCGGCCCCCCUGGCCCCCCAGGCAGCGUUGGGCCACGAGGUCCUGAGGGCAUGCAGGGCCAGAAGGGGGAAAGAGGCCCCCCUGGGCAGGCAGUGAUGGGGGCCCGCGGUGUGCCUGGUAUCCCUGGUGAGCGAGGAGAGCAGGGCAGUCCUGGUGCUGAGGGACUCCGUGGGGAGAAGGGGGAUCCGGGCAUGACGGAGGAAGAGAUCCGCGCCUUCGUCAGGCAGGAGAUGAGCCAGCACUGUGCAUGUGGAGGGCAGCUCCCGCGGCGCUUGGAUUCCCGUGAGCACUCAGGAGGAUGGGGGACUCGGCCCAGGAGCAUCCUUCAGUCUGCCCAUGGAGGAGGGAGAAGUGUCCGCCAAGAGAAGGAGCACAGCCAAACAGAUCACUCCCCCCAUUACCCACCCACUGAGGCAUUCCCAGAUCUCAGUGCUCAUGUUGUCCCCGUGCUUAAAGUGUCGCAUGCAGAGGAGGAGGAGGGGCAGGACAGGCGUGUUGUCAUUGACACCAAUGACCUGGAGUACGACAGCAUGUAUGGGGAGCAGGAGGACUACGACACAGCUCUGGAUGCAGGCAGCUUGGAGCAGCUCGCAGAGGAUGCAGAGCCCUGCCACCAGCCCAUGGAGGAGGGGGGCUGCCAGCGGUACACACUGCGCUGGUACUACAACCAAAGAGCCGCCGAGUGCCGGCCCUUUGUCUACAGUGGCUGCCAGGGCAAUCUCAACCGCUUCGGCAGCCAGGAGGAGUGUGAGCUCCACUGCAGGCAGCGCGUGGGGACAGGUGCUGGCAGCGGGGAAGGACGGCGGCCGGAGGCGUAGCGUGGUGAUCCCUGCAGGAACAUGGUGCUAUUUCUGACGUCUCUUCUUGUUGCUCAUGGGUUUUUCCCUUUACAUUGAUUCUAUUCGCCCGUUGAAGGUGAAAUUUCUAUCAAAUGGGAACAAAGCCUCCCCAUACGCCUUUUAUCUGGUUUCCAAACCAGAGCUCUCUUGGGAUGUUGGUUUGAUUUUUAACUUAUUUGCUGUCAAUGGGACAGCUCUUGGCCCCAUGUUCCUUUUUUGGCUGCCCAGAGCUGGGAGUGGGCACAGUUUGAGCCCUUCCCCAAACCCGACACUUCAAAUCCCCAAGGCUGUGGGCUGCCCUUAUCACCCUCGUGGGCUCCCAGCAUGCAACCACGCAACCUGCUCCAUUUGAAUGAAUUUCACCUUCACCCCACCUGGGCCCCGGUUCCCCUUUUGGGGUGCGAUGGUUUGGCAGAGAACUGCAGGAGGGAGGGAGGCUUUCUCCAUGCACUGCCCUCCGGCUCGCACCUCUGCCUGGAAACUGGGACACACCAGGGAGACCCUGAGGAUGGUGCUAUGUUAGAGGCGAUUCCUGCUCAUCAGGAAGGUGACUGACGCUGGCUCCUGCGCAGCCUAGACGCACUGCUGCUCUGUGUAUAUCUGUAUACAGCAAAUGUAUAUGUGUACCAAUGCAGGGGUGGGACACGGUAUUAAAGAUGUGCUCAUGGAAGAA